UUCUUUUUUUUUUUUGUUAUGAAUCUAGAGAUCACACUUGUUCGGCAUGGAAAUACAGAUGCCAACAACGAGCGCUGGCUACAAGGACAUGUUGAUACUGAAUUAAACAAAAAUGGCUUGCGUCAAGCAGAAAGCUGUGGCAAACGGUUAGCACAAGCGAGCUAUGACCAUGUUUACUGCAGUGAUUUAACCCGUUGUGAACAGACUGCUGCAGCCAUUAUGACAUAUCAUCCUCAUGCAUCGAUUGAAUAUUCCCCUUCACUCCGAGAAAGAGAUUUCGGUACUCUAGUGCGUCAACAUGUAAGCUACCUUACAUCAGAAUCCAGUCAACAAGGUAUAUCUAUAGACCAAUUGAUAACGAACCAUGAAGGAGAAAGCCUUCAAAUAUUUAGAGAACGUGUGAUUCAUGCAUUUGAGUCUAUUGUUCAAGACGCCAUUCAAAAACAGUACAAGUCUGUGCUAAUCGUCACACACGGAGGACCACUUAAACAACUGACCUCAUAUUGGACUCAUCAAGCAGGUCUCAAGGCAAAAGGCACCCUUCGAAUAGCCCUUGUGGCUCAGGGCAAUACAGCCAUCACUCGUAUUGAUUGGACAAACAAAUGUAUUCUGGAAUUCAACUGUACUCAACAUCUUAAACAUCAAGCUGGAUCUUCUUCUCCUCCUCCAGCUGUCUAAUAAAAAAAAAUUGCCUUACACGAGUCCUUUUAAAAGGGAGGGGUCUUAGCUCCGAGAUAAAUCUUACCAUUGUUGAAAUAGGAUGGUUUGCAUGUGAAAUAGACAUUUGUAAGCGAAUUUGUUAUCCUUGUUUGUAUUUGUAGUCCAUUCAUGCUUACCUUGCUAUACAAGGGAUAGGGGCCUUAGUUUGAUUGUCUUCAAAAAAUCGUCUAUAUAUAUGU